CAAAAGGUCUGUUUCAGUUGUUGCUUCAACCACUCCAACCUCCUCUAAUCUCUUCUAACCACCUCUUGUUUAAAAAUUGUUCCAAUCACUCAUCGAAACUCCUCUUCCUCUAAGCUCAUCCUGAUUUCACAUCUUGCGAUCACUUAUCUCUUCCUCUCACCUCCCCCAUCGUAAUUCCUGAAUAAAAGUUAAUUUUUGGAUGAAGCUCUGGUGUAGACAUUAUUGGUGCAUGUAAACCUAUGAGUUUAUUGAUAAGUACCUAUUGGGUUGGGCAGCAUGUAAAUAAUUGUAACCAUUGAGAAGAUUGAAGUAUUUUAAAAUAUUUAUUUCUAGCAUGUAUGCAAGGUUUUUUAAAGCUAAGCUUGUCUCAAAAUUAUGAUUGGUGCACCAUGAAUCAUCAACUGUUACAACUGGCAAACAGCUGAUUUCUUCGCAGAAAUGUUUUCAUGGCUGCUCUUAAACAGUUCUCCUUGAAGAUCACCGAGCAUCAAUUGAUGUUUUUAAGAUUACCUAUGGGAACAGACCCAAGGCUAAUUUUAUCAACAGCAAAAUUGCUGGCUGGGGACCUUUGCCUGAGGUGAAAAGUCACCCCUGAAUUUCAUGACCAUGCCACAAAUAACCACUGAUGUAAAAUAUUAACUGCCAGCCCUACUCAUAUGCUUCUCCAUAAUGCAUUGGUUAUUUUUUUUCUGGUUCAUGAAACCUCUUUGAAACUUAAGAAAAUUGAAAUGUGACAGCCUUAAUUUUAUCUGUUGUUAAAACUUGCCACAGGAAAUAAUCGAGCAAAAUUAAAUUAGCCUUUCAGGUCGAUGUCUUCAUUAGAGUUGUGCUUGUGCAAUGAACAUGAGAUGUGCUGAAAUAUUCAGACUAAGUUGUGUGGAAUGGAAAGAAGUUGAACAUAAUUUCAAAGAAGAUAUUUUCAGUUGAAGAUGAUUUCAAGCACCCUCACAAGAUAUACGUGCAGCAAUCUUCAGAAGGGGGUUACGUUAUGCAAAGCACAUUCCAGGCUGAGCUCAAGCUCAGUCCAUGUGGAAGGCCUCAAGGACAAAUUUGGGUCACUAAUGAAGUCAUACGAACAGUACAUUGGAAUUGCAGAAGUAACUGCUGCUCAGAAUAGAGUCAUUGAGGCAGAAGAACUGUUUCUCAGGGCUCAGGCACAGAGAAGAGAGCACCAGAUUCACAUGAAUCACAUUCAAGCAAAACUCAAAGAUCUACAUGCUGAAAUAGCUAAAACAAGCAGAGGAGAGGAUCGAUAUUUGGCCCUUGUCACUGAGGAGCACCGGGUUCUCCGCGAGGAGAGCCGUCUGAGCAGCGAGUACAAGCUGCUGGAGAAGGCUGAACAGGAGCUGUUCUCGGCCCUCUCCAACGCAGUGCGCACCUCCCACGAGAAGGAGCGCGCGCAGGCCGAGAAAACCAAAUACUGGUCCAUCAUCGGAUCGGCAAUCGGCGCCUUUAUCGGCAUCGUCGGCACGUCCAUUAACAACUGGCUGCGCAUGCGCGAACUGCGCAGCAUAGCUUCCUCGUCGGCCGAGGUGCCCGUCAAACUGCAGGAGGAUGUGGCUGUGCUGACCUCGUCGGUGGAACACCAGCAGAACGAGGUCAAAAAGGCGAUGCAUUCCAUCGAGGCGCUGUUCAGCUCUCUGCCGCUGUCGGCCAUCAGUCACGGCGCGGACGGCAGCGCCGGCAGGCUGCCGCUGCAGCUCGGCGAGCGGUUCGCCGCCGAGGUGUCCGCCCAGCUGGAGCGGCUGGAGCAGCAGCAGGCCGGCCUGCGGCGCGAGCUGACCGCCGGCUGGCAGCAGGCGGCCGCCGGCGGCGCCGACUCCGAGUCGGUCCAGCUGCUGCUCAUGGAACACGAGCGGCGCGUCGAGCGGCGGCUCAUGCACGCCUCGGCCGCGCUGGCCACCGUCGGCGUGGUGUGUGGCGCCGCGCUGGCCGUGGCCGUCUCGCGCGCCUUCGGAGGUUAGUGUGACGACUCAGGGUGAUGUGGCCCCUGCGGCGUCUGACCAGGGCUGAAAGGUGACUGUUCGACUGAUCAGGGUGGGCAGGUGGUGAACAUGACUGAUCUCUCAUAAGUCAUCUCAGCCUGUAGACACCCCUGUUAUUGGUUGGGCAAUUUAGUCAGUGUCGAUUACUGUGGCUUGGUUGAGCGCAGGUUUUAGUCCGAUCACGCUUGCAAGCUCCAGGAAUUAGGAGUGGCAUUGAACGCCACAUGUGCAAUGCUAAUGUGACUGUGUCCAUGAGGGUCAGGUAUAUUUGCUUCUGGUGUUGUGAGAUGUGCAGAAUAGGCGUUCGUUCAGCUGUGAUUUUGUUGUACUGAUUUCCAGUGUCCUCAGCUAUCACUGACGCACCAGUUGACAAAUGAGAAUCAGUAUUUGGUCUCAAAGAGUCAUUGCGAUUCCGUUUUGAGGGAUGUGGGGAAUGAAUGCGGUACUGUUUUCGGGAAUGGUCGUGUUUCUCUUGUUUUAUGAAGUUAUACGCUGCCUUUAUCCCUCGUAGCUUCUUGAAGUAUGGCCGUGGCCCGCACUGUGAGUCAGGUAGAGAGUACGAUGAUUUACAGGUGAUGCAUUCUACAAGUACGCAUAUGUCAAGCAGUGGUUCUUAAACGCCGUUUAUCUUUGAAUUGUCGUCUUAAGCCAUUUUUCUGACUUGACAGGCUUUUUCAGUCUGUCAAGGCGCUGGCGACAAUACAUGACUUGCUAUACAUCAUAUGAAAGUCA